UCCUUAGUAUCCCGGCUCAAACAGCGCGCGCGCACGGGACAGGCGUUGCGCGCUCCGGGCCAUGGCGGUCCACGUACUUUGGUUGGUGGCUGCUUUGGUGUUAACAGGAGUAAAAACGCAAGAAGAUACUUAUGAAAGAGGCGAUGUAGAAGAAAACAAUAUUUAUGAUAAUCAAUGGUCACAACCGGAUUGGAUUUCUCAAAGCGCUUAUCAACCACCAGUCGCUAGAACCUACGGCUUAUCGAGAAGACCUGAUGUCUCAGUACCAACCUCAAACCCAUCGCCACCACCACCACCACCACCUCGUCAACGAGGGAGUUAUGGUCAAAAUUUUGCCAUUUACGAUCCAGUGACCCGGCAGCGGACAUCUGCAAUCGAUCGCAAUUGCACAGCUCCGGGUUGUUGUGUUCCUAAAUGCUUUGCCGAAAAGGGUAACCGAGGUUUCCCAGGCAUGCCUGGGUUACAAGGUUCGAGAGGUCUUCCAGGCCACGAAGGUGCUGAAGGCCCCCAAGGGCCAAAAGGUCAAAAAGGGCAAUUUGGUCCUCAAGGCCCUCGUGGACCAAAAGGUGAUCGAGGUAAACCUGGCGCCCAAGGUUUUCCUGGCUUAGCUGGCCCUCCAGGACCACAAGGUGAGACGGGUGCCCCUGGUAUUCCUGGACGAGAUGGUUGUAAUGGGACUGAUGGUGAGCCUGGUUUAAUGGGGCCAAGAGGAUACCAAGGACCUCGAGGUUUUAAUGGUCCCAAAGGUGAAAAAGGUGACAAAGGAGAACCAGCUCAUAUAGGACGUUAUCCAAAAGGACAGAAGGGUGAGCCAGGAAUGGAUGGUAUGCAUGGACCUCCAGGACCAGUUGGUCCAACGGGACCGACCGGAUUGGUUGGACCAAAAGGAAAUACUGGACCGAUAGGUUUACCUGGGUUGAAAGGUGACAAAGGUUCUAAAGGAUUUAAGGGACAAUCGAUACAAGGAGACAAAGGAGAUCGAGGAGAUAAAGGAGACAAAGGCCCAAGUUGUCCUUCAGAAACUUUACCUUCAUUAGAUAAUAAAGGAGCUAUAAAAGGAGUAAAAGGGGACAUGGGUCCAAAAGGAGAAAAAGGAGAACCUGGAAGAAUGGGAGAAAAGGGUGAACUUGGACAUAUGGGCGAACCAGGUCUUCCUGGACAAAUGGGCAUCAAAGGAGAAAAGGGCAUAAGAGGCAACCCAGGGCCAAGUGGUCGCCGCGGUAUGUAUGGUGAACCUGGGCCGAUGGGACAAAAAGGAGAUAGAGGCUAUGACGGUCUGGCUGGACUUCCUGGUAGACCUGGCGCUAAAGGAGAACCUGGAAAAGAUGGUUUAGCUGGCCCAAGAGGAUUGAAAGGUGUGCCUGGACCGCCUGGUGGUAGAAUGGGUUCACGAGGCCCACCUGGACCUGUAGGCCCCAGAGGUUACACGGGACCCGCCGGACCACCUGGCUCUGACGGCAGACCCGGAGAUAUGGGAAUACAAGGUCCUAUGGGACCACGUGGAGGUCCUGGUGAACCUGGGAAUCCAGGAUUAGAAGGUAUGCCAGGUCACAAAGGUGAAAAGGGUGAACCUGGUCUUGAUGGUCCACAUGGAGAAAUAGGCCCAAGAGGAUACGACGGACCAACUGGACCUACAGGCCCUAGAGGACCAAAAGGAGAAGAUGGACUAUCAAUACCCGGUUUAAAGGGUACUAGCGGUCAAUCAGGUUUUCCGGGAGACAAAGGUCAGAAAGGAGAAAAGGGAUAUCAAGGUCUACGUGGUGUGCCUGGUAACUCAACUUUAGGCACUCCUGGUAGUCCAGGAGAAAUGGGCCCUCCGGGAGAAAAGGGAGAAAAAGGAACUCCGGGAAUUAACGGAUUACCGGGCAGUCCUGGUCAAAAGGGAGAUCUUGGUGGUCGUUGUAAUGAUUGUAGGCCUGGUGGUCCAGGUUCCAAAGGUGAUCGUGGUUUAGAUGGCAUUCCUGGACAACGUGGAGAAAGGGGACCAAUUGGCCCAGUGGGAGUUCCCGGAGAAAGAGGAUCCGAUGGUAUCAAUGGUGCACCUGGAUCACCUGGUGCCCCGGGUGAACGAGGUGACGAUGGACCAAUAGGAUCGCCAGGAGAAGGUGGGGCGGAUGCGAUUAUACCAUCAAACUUAGUUAAAGGUCCCCCGGGGGAGAGAGGCUUUCCGGGUGAAAAAGGUAUGAUGGGUCCCAAAGGUGAUAGAGGUCUUGAUGGACAACCGGGAGACCGAGGACUAAGUGGAAUGCCAGGACAGAAAGGUGAUACAGGUAGAAUGGGACCACCUGGAAUUGAUGGAAUCCCAGGGGCUGAUGGUUCACCUGGUUUACCGGGAUCAAAUGGCAUAUCUAUUAAAGGCGAAAAGGGUUUACUUGGCAAUCCGGGACAGAAAGGAGAUAAAGGUUUCGCAGGAAGAUUAGGAGAAAAGGGUGAACCAGGACAAUGUCCUAUUGAAUUGAAAGUCUUAACAAAAGGAGAAAAAGGAUCUCCUGGUGCACCAGGACCUCAAGGGCCUUUAGGUAUGCCGGGUGAAAAAGGAGAUCGAGGCCAACCAGGUAAAACUGGUGAUAAAGGAGAAUCAGGAUUACCUGGACGUGCAGGACCUGUAGGCGCACGCGGUCUACCUGGACUCAAAGGUGACAAAGGAGAAUUAGGAGCAAUGGGAUUCACUGGAACUCCAGGUGAAGUAGGUCCUAGGGGUUUCCCAGGUUUACCCGGAUACAAAGGAGAUAAAGGUGAAGUUGGGGCAUCUAUGCCUGGACCUCAAGGGCUACCUGGUUUAAAAGGAGAUAAAGGAGAUUAUGGAAUUGCGGGUCAACCAGGAAUUCCCGGUAACGAUGGUCCUCCCGGACCAAUUGGCUUACAAGGUGAAAAAGGAGAUUUAGGUAAUGCUGGGCGACCAGGUCUUCCUGGUGCACCAGGAUUAAAAGGUGAUCCUGGUCCUAUUGGACCUCCUGGAAUAGCAGGUGUUCCAGGAACUCCUGGAAGAGAUGGGCCUAAGGGACAACAAGGUUAUCCUGGUUUGCCGGGAAAACCUGGUAAUAUGGGUCUACCUGGUCAAAAAGGAGAGCCAGGCAUGCAAGGACCAGAUGGUCCUAAAGGAUUCCCUGGACCACGUGGACAUCCAGGAUUACGGGGCCUAACCGGAGUCGAUGGCAGCCCCGGAGAAAAGGGUGAUAAAGGAGAAAUGGGUUUCCCAGGAUCACCUGGAGAACGAGGUCUUGAUGGAUCACCAGGACCCAUUGGUUUUACUGGUUUAAAGGGUGAUCAAGGUUUUCCAGGUCAACCGGGACUUCCUGGUCGAAUAGGUAACCCAGGAGAAAAGGGUGAUUUAGGUCGCCCAGGUCUUACAGGGCCAAAAGGUGAACCAGGUGUAGCUUCAGAAAAGGGUGACAAAGGAGAACCAGGAAUACCUGGAUUAACGGGUAUUGAUGGAAGACCUGGUCCAGACGGAGAAAAGGGAGAUAAAGGUGAUAAUUGUAUACCCGGUGUUGGGAUACCAGGAGCACCAGGAGAAAAAGGAGAUAUGGGUUUACCUGGUAUAGACGGUUUUCCGGGUCAAAUUGGAGAAAAAGGAGAUCGUGGUUUACCUGGGCUAAUGGGUAUUAAGGGUGACAGAGGAUUAACCGGAGAGGAGGGACGGCCAGGUAUGCCAGGAAUAGAUGGUGCCCCAGGAUUAAAGGGUGACUUCGGAUUGCCUGGAAUCGACGGUGAGAAAGGAGACAAAGGUGAUAGAGGUUUUCCAGGACGUGAUGGCCUCGAUGGAAAUAAAGGCGAGCGUGGGUUGAUGGGCCCUCCGGGAUUAAAAGGACCUGUAGGUUUUAUUGGAUUCAAAGGAGAUCGAGGACUACCUGGGCCAUCAAUAAACAUUAAAGGUGACAAAGGAGACAUUGGUUUACCAGGUAUUGCUGGUGCUAUGGGACAAAAAGGUGAAAGAGGUAGAGAUGGAUUCCAAGGUAUACAGGGAGACAAAGGUGAUCGUGGAUUUACAGGACAAAAAGGGGAAAUUGGCAGAACAGGGUUAUUUGGUGAAAAAGGUGAUAGAGGGCCAUCGGGUCCAACGGGUAUAGCCGGACUAACAAUAAAGGGAGAGAAAGGAUUACCAGGAUUACCAGGCAAACAUGGAAGGCCAGGAUUACAUGGCGCUCCAGGAGAAAAAGGAGAACAAGGUUGGACUGGCUUACCAGGACAGAUCGGGCGACCUGGAACACCGGGUCCUCCUGGGCCAAUUGGGGAAAAGGGCGAUCAAGGUCGAGAAGGUUUAGCAGGUCCGCCUGGUUUAGAUGGAGCUCCUGGAUUAAAUGGACCACCUGGUAUACCUGGUGAAAGGGGUCCAAAAGGUGACAAAGGAGCUAUUGGUUUUGGUUUACCGGGUGCUAAAGGAGACGUAGGCGUGCCAGGAAUACCUGGGUCACAAGGAGAAAAAGGUGACAAAGGAGAACGUGGUUUUGAUGGUCUUACUGGAGAAACUGGACCUAAAGGUAAUCAAGGUGAGAAGGGUGAUCGCGGGUACCCAGGCAGAAUAGGUUUACCAGGAAUAACCGGCGAUAAAGGUGAUAAAGGUGAAGCUGCAGCUAUUGUGUAUGGUGCUAAAGGAGAACGAGGGCCUCCUGGACCUCCGGGUAAAGAUGGUCUCCCUGGGCUUGAUGGGGCACCUGGACCCAGAGGAUUGGAUGGCGUCCCAGGAUUGAAAGGUGAUAGAGGUUACCCAGGACCAAGAGGGCCUACAGGUCCACCGGGUCCUCAAGGUUUAGUAGGCUUACAAGGUGAAAGAGGUGAAAUAGGACGAACAGGAUCACCAGGAUUGCCUGGAUCUCCAGGAGCACCUUGCACUCAUACUGACUAUUUGACAGGAAUACUCUUAGUUCGUCAUAGUCAAACUGAAAUUAUACCUCAAUGUGAACCAGGCCAUGUGAAAUUGUGGGACGGAUAUUCUUUACUUUACAUUGAUGGUAACGAGAAGGCUCAUAACCAAGAUUUAGGUUAUGCUGGGUCAUGUGUCAGAAAAUUCAGUACUAUGCCAUUCCUAUUCUGUGAUCUUAACGAUGUUUGUAAUUAUGCUAGUAGAAAUGACCGAAGUUACUGGUUAUCAACGAACCAACCAAUACCGAUGAUGCCAGUAGAAAAUAAUGAAAUUGCUCGAUACAUUUCGAGAUGUGUGGUUUGCGAAGUACCGGCCAAUGUAAUAGCUGUUCACAGUCAAACUCUGGAUAUACCAAACUGUCCUGUGGGAUGGAAUUCGUUAUGGAUCGGUUAUAGUUUUGUAAUGCAUACUGGAGCUGGUGGACAAGGUGGUGGCCAAGCACUUGCCAGUCCCGGCUCCUGUCUUGAAGAUUUCCGUGCCACGCCUUUUAUAGAAUGUAACGGUGAAGGUGGUACAUGUCAUCACUUCGUCAAUAAGCUUAGCUUCUGGCUAACAACUAUUGAUGACAAUAAACAAUUCUCUAUGCCUGAACGCGAAACCUUAAAAUCAGGAAGGCUCUUGCAAAGAGUUUCCCGAUGUGCAGUUUGCAUUAAAAAUACUACACAGUAUCGAGUUGAAUAUUAGUAAUACCAAAGUAAAUUAAUAUUUGCUUUUGUAAAAUCCUUUUUAAAAUAUUUAGUAAUAAAUAAAAUGAGAAAUUCAAAUCUAGAGUAGAUUUGUCUUUCUCAUUAACUUAACAUAAUCCUUUAGGAUUU